CACACUUUGGCACAUCAUAUCUCGAAACAGAAAUCCGAUAUUUUAAUUAUAUAUUCAUACGAUUGAGUUCCUUGAUUAUCAAAAUAGUGUGAAAAGAAGAACUAGAAGUUGAUGGAGAACGAAGAUCAUAGAGGAAGAAGAGAGAACAAAUAUCGAGGCAUACGAAGACGACCAUGGGGAAAAUAUGCUGCGGAGAUACGUGAUCCUAACAGGAAUGGUGCACGUCUUUGGCUAGGUACUUUUGAAACAGCUGAAGAGGCGGCCAGAGCUUAUGAUCGGGCCGCCUUUUCUCUAAGGGGCCAUCAGGCCAUCCUCAACUUUCCUAACGAUGGACAUUAUCAUAUCAAUAAUAGUACUAAUGUACCUCUUGGUCCUGAGCCAAGCUACGCGCCAUCAACGACAGGGAGCAUGCACAUGUCGUCUUCUUCUGCUUCUGGUUGUUCUGAUCAUCGACAAGAGAAUGUGGGGCAUGAUCAUGAAGAGAAGGUUGAAUUUGAGUAUUUGGAUAGCAAUCUUCUGGACGAGCUUCUUGGCUCACAAGUUCAUCGCCAGGCUAAUAAACGUCCCAAGUUUUUGGUUGUUUCGAAAAGCUUGAUCCCAUGUUCUCAUUAAUUUGUUAGUUAACAUUUUCUUGUUUUGCUAUUUCCAAUUCCUUUAAUCUUUUCUAUUUAGUUUUAUGUCCAACUUGCUUUAGUUUGCUAUGUCUGUUGUAUUUUCGUCAUCCUCUUUUAUUUCUUUCUUUGUAUUCACAUGUUAAUUAACAGGAGAUCUAAUCCAGAUGUUUUGACAGACAUAUAAUAGCACAUAAUUGAUAACUCCUCUUUUUAUUCUUCUAAGCAUCUCUUAAUUUAAGGAGGCAUACUUUUCUCUGUGUCCAAAUUGAAAAAGAAAUUAAAAUGGCAGACUUUGUAGUUUGUUUAUGGAGCCUUAAUUUAUUAUCCCAAGUACAAUUAUAAGUAUAUAAUUAUCUCUCAGCUGGUUUUUAAUAAUUGGUACCACGAUGUUUCUCCAGUAAAGUUUGUACAGGAAUUUAAAUAUUGCACGAAGUAACUA